AUGAUCUGCAAGGUGUGUAAUAAGAAAUUUCGCUCGCGGAAAAGCUACUGGGCCCACGUGCGCAAGCAUUCGGGGGGGAAAUCGUACAUAUGCCACAUUUGCGGAAAGCAAUACUUUCAAAACGGCAGUCUAUAUUAUCACUUGAAGCACAUGCACGACGGUGUGAAGAAUCACGCCUGCGAUAUAUGCGGCCGCAGCUUCGCCAUGAAGACCGCUAUGGAGGACCACCGGCGCAUCCACACCGGCGAACGACCGUACGUCUGUGACUCGUGCGGCAAGACGUUCAAGACCAAAGCAUCCCUUUACAUACACAGCAAAACGCACACCGACGAGCUUCCACAUAAGUGCAUCUAUUGCUCCAAGAGAUUCCGCUGGAAACAACGGAUGCUGGGUCACCUGACGGUGCACACCGGCGAAAAAAAUCACACGUGCGAUGUGUGCGGCAAGGGUUUCGGUGUGAAAAACGACUUGACCAGGCACAAGCGCAUUCACUCCGACGAAAAACCGUACACGUGUCAACAGUGCGGCAUCAGUUUCGGCCAGAAACGUUAUCUCAGAAAUCAUGAGCGCUCGAAAUUAGGAAUGUGUGGGCAUUUGCAAAACUCGAGUCAAGUCUGA